AUGUGGCUGCUGGCCGGCCUCCUCCUGCUCCUGGCCGGGGGCGUGUCCAGCACACCCGUGGCUCCUGACGCAGUGUUCUCCAGCGGAGAACGGGCCCACGAGGUGCUGCGCAUACGUAAGCGGGCCAACUCCUUCCUGGAGGAGCUGCGGGCCAGCGACCUGGAGCGCGAGUGCAGGGAGGAGCUCUGCGACCUGGAGGAGGCCCGGGAGUACUUCCAGGACAUGGGCCGCACGCUGGACUUCUGGUUCAAGUACGCCGACGGGGACCAGUGCGCGGCCCUGCCCCUGGGGGAGCACCCUUGCGACAGCCCCUGCUGCAGCCACGGCUCCUGCAUCGACGGCAUCGGCGGCUUCCGCUGUGUCUGUGACCAGGGCUGGGAGGGCCGCUUCUGCGGGAGCGAGGCGCGCUUCUCCAACUGCUCGCUGGACAACGGGGGCUGCGCCCAGCACUGCCGCGAGGAGGCGGGCGGGCGCCGCUGCAGCUGCGCGCCCGGCUACCGGCUGGCGGACGACCACCAGCUGUGCGAGCCCACAGUGAGCUUCCCCUGCGGGAGGCCGUGGGGCCCGGCGGACAGGAAGGGCCCGGCCGCCUUGAAGUGCUGCGCGGACCAGGACCAGGCGGGCCAGCCGCGGCUGGUCAACGGGAAGCUGACCCUGCAGGGGGAGAGCCCCUGGCAGGUGGCCCUGCUGGACUCGAAGAAGAAGCUGGCCUGCGGGGCGGUGCUGGUGCACCCCGCCUGGGUGCUGACGGCCGCCCACUGCAUGCAGCCCGCCCGGAAGCUCACCGUCAGGCUCGGGGAGUACGACCUGAGGCGCCGGGAGAAGGGCGAGGUGGACCUGGACAUCACGGAGGUGCUCGUGCACCCCAACUACAGCAGGAGCACCUCCGACAACGACAUCGCGCUGCUGCGCCUGGCGCAGGCCGCCCCGCUCUCGCAGACCGUCGUGCCCGUGUGCCUGCCGGACGGCGGCCUGGCGGAGCGCGAGCUGGCCCGCGAGGGCCGGGAGACCGUGGUGACCGGCUGGGGCUUCCGCAGCGAGACGGGGCGCAACCGCACCUCCAUCCUCAGCUUCAUCCGGAUCCCCGUGGCCCCGCAGGGCCAGUGCGCCCAGGUCAUGCACAACGCCGUGUCGGAGAACAUGCUGUGUGCGGGCAUCCUCGGGGACCCGCAGGACGCCUGCGAGGGCGACAGCGGGGGGCCCAUGGUGGCCUCCUUCCGGGGCACCUGGUUCCUUGUGGGCCUGGUGAGCUGGGGCGAGGGCUGCGGGCGCCUCCACAACUACGGCGUUUACACCCGCGUCAGCCGCUACCUCGACUGGAUCCACAGCCACAUGGGCGCCCCGGCGGCCCCCCCAGGCAGCCCGCGGCCCUAG